ACGUGCUCAUGUGAAGAAGCCGCGGUGCAUGAUGGGAAACCGUCAGCCAUUUCACCUCAAACUCUCUUCAGGCACUAAAAACCCGCCGCUGCGGAAUAACAAAACCUCUCUAAACACUCGACAGGUGAUAGUGUGUCAGUAUGGCCCGUACUAAGCAGACCGCCCGUAAAUCCACUGGAGGAAAAGCCCCUCGUAAGCAGCUAGCGACUAAAGCGGCCCGUAAGAGCGCUCCCUCCACUGGAGGAGUCAAGAAGCCCCAUCGCUACAGGCCCGGUACUGUGGCUCUGCGUGAGAUCCGCCGCUACCAGAAGUCCACUGAGCUGUUGAUCCGCAAGCUUCCAUUCCAGCGUCUGGUCCGUGAAAUCGCCCAGGACUUUAAAACCGAUCUGAGGUUUCAGAGCGCUGCCAUCGGUGCCCUGCAGGAGGCAAGUGAGGCAUACCUGGUGGGUCUGUUUGAGGACACUAACCUGUGCGCCAUCCACGCCAAACGUGUCACCAUCAUGCCCAAAGACAUCCAGCUGGCACGUCGCAUCCGCGGAGAACUUCCCUGUCCGUAUCAAACAGGCGCCAUGAUGGCAGCGGAGGGGGCGUGGCUCGCACGGACAACCCUCUAUUACAUCAUCUCUGAUGAUCACGACGAAUGCUCCUGCUCUGGUUGUGUCAGUAUGGCCCGUACUAAGCAGACCGCCCGUAAAUCCACUGGAGGAAAAGCCCCUCGUAAGCAGCUAGCGACUAAAGCGGCCCGUAAGAGCGCUCCCUCCACUGGAGGAGUCAAGAAGCCCCAUCGCUACAGGCCCGGUACUGUUGCUCUGCGUGAGAUCCGCCGCUACCAGAAGUCCACUGAGCUGUUGAUCCGCAAGCUUCCGUUCCAGCGUCUGGUCCGUGAAAUCGCCCAGGACUUUAAAACCGAUCUGAGGUUUCAGAGCGCUGCCAUCGGUGCCCUGCAGGAGGCAAGUGAGGCAUACCUGGUGGGUCUGUUUGAGGACACUAACCUGUGCGCCAUCCACGCCAAACGUGUCACCAUCAUGCCCAAAGACAUCCAGCUGGCACGUCGCAUCCGCGGAGAACGUGCUUAGACUUCACUCUCUUCUUCUUUGACCCAUUCUCCUCUCUUUGUCUCUCUCUUUUUCUCUCUCUUACUGUUUGUUGGUAGUUUUAGCACAUUAGUCAUGGUAGUGGGGUCUGACGUAUGUGGUGGUUUUGUUUUUUGGCAGCAGACUAUUAAGGGUACUUCUUGUUUGCAUGUACCAGCCUGUACCUGAUCAGCCUUAAACACACACACUUUGCCCAUGUGUCAUGAGUGAAACAGAUUGCAGACGGGGUCAGAGGUCUGCGUUUAGAGGUUCAAAACCUCUUGUGCAGGGUGCUAGGAGAGUCCUGAUCCAUCCCAGAAUCCCACAGGCUGUUGGCACCCUGAUGUGUCUGUGUUUGGGGCUGUCAGUCAGAGUGCGAGCAUCUCUCCAACAAAUGUGUAUUAUCGCUAUAUUAAGAAUAACUUUAAUUCUCAAGAUCUGUUCCUUUUUUUAAAUGCAUUAAUAAAAGCUUGUUUCAUAGAUCUAGAGCAUAUUUUUGAAGAAAAAAAUUCAGGUGGAGGUGGAUAUUCCUAUAAAUACAUUUUUACAUUUCAAAAUUAUUUUUGUUUUCUAAUGGAUAAAUUUCAGAUUGAAUGUGUGUAAAGGGAUAUUACCCGUGAUUCUCUUCCGCCUCUCUGUGUGUUCUCCAGGGAAUGACGUGGUCCUUUUGAUAGGAAAGUCUUCUCCUUAAAUAAAUACAUUUGUCGACUCAAUAUUGUUCUUCAGUUAAAUUUUGUGUACACGAGUAAAAUAACACAUCUUAACGCUGAUAUGAUUCUUCAGGCUGAUGUGUAAUCCUGCUCGGUAUUUGACUAGUAUUUUAUUUGUUUAUUUGUUUCUUUAAUAAGAGUUUGACUUCAGAACAUUCAGGUGUUUAAAUAAGCUGAUCUUUGUAAUUUGAAAUUUCUCUUAUUACGUAAUAAAUGGAUGUCACACACUG